GGGAGGCGGAAGUGAGCGUCUCUCCGGAACCCGGAAGUCCUGGCAAGAAAAGGCGAGCGGGGGCUUCAGCCGGGAUGGACGAUACACUCUUUCAGUUAAAGUUUACAGCCAAGCAGCUGGAGAAGCUUGCCAAGAAGGCAGAAAAGGACUCCAAAACAGAACAAGCCAAAGUCAAGAAGGCCCUUCAGCAGAAGAAUGUGGAAUGUGCUCGGGUCUACGCAGAGAACGCCAUCCGGAAGAAGAACGAAGGCUUGAACUGGCUGCGCAUGGCUUCCCGCGUAGAUGCCGUGGCCUCCAAGGUCCAGACAGCUGUGACCAUGAAGGGAGUAACCAAGAAUAUGGCCCAGGUGACCAAGGCCUUGGACAAAGCUCUCGGCUCCAUGGAUCUUCAGAAGGUUUCGGCUGUGAUGGACAAGUUUGAACAGCAGGUCCAGAAUCUGGAUGUCCACACUUCAGUGAUGGAGGACUCCAUGAGCUCAGCCACCACCUUGACGACGCCCCAGGAGCAAGUGGACAGCCUGAUAGUGCAGAUUGCCGAGGAGAACGGCCUGGAGGUGAUGGACCAGCUGAACCAGCUGCCCGAAGGGGCCUCGGCCAUGGGGGAGAGCUCGACGCGUUCGCAGGAGGAUCAGCUGUCACGGAGGUUGGCUGCCUUGCGGAAUUAAUUCUCCCGCCCCCUCGCAGACAGUUGCUCCUGCCUUGUUCUCCUAUGAUUUGUGGGGUUUCUGCCUGGAGCCCUGGCCUUCCGGCCCCCUGGCCAUCCUCUUCAAGGGCCAGGGGGGAGACUGCCCUCUCCACCCCUGCAGGUCAGCUGUGCCCAGUGUGGACCUCAUCCUCAUCCAGCCACGAUCGCUCCUGUCUAAAGCAGCUGUGUGGGCGUGCCUGGUCCUUGGCCAAGGGCUCUCCGGGAAUGGAUGCCCUGCCUCCCCCAACUGCUUCUCCUUCCAGCCUGCACUCCUCCUCCUCCUCCUCCUCCUCCUCCUCCUCCUCCCCCCUCUCCUCUCCCUCCUCCCCCUCCUGCCUGGUGAGAGGAACCUGAGUGUGCAAUGCUUGCCACGGUGGAAGCCCAGCCUUUGGGGCAUUGGGCACUCCUAAGAGGGCCAGGAACACGCCGGGUGCUGCAUGCGUAGAUUCCACUGUACCGAGGGCUCCUCCUCAUGCCGGUUGCUGUCCGUUCCUCCUUGUUUCGUGCAUGUGUGGAAGAGGCCACUGGGAAGUUGGGAAGGCGCUGCCAGGAAGACGGAGACGGCCCUUUUUCUGGCAGCUCUGGAAUCUGCCUUGAAUUUACAGACCACAAAGUGACCUUUGCAAACAGUGGCCCUGCUGCCCCUCUGCCUUCAUGCAUGUGCCCCCCUCCCCUCCUCCCCAAAGCUUGUCAUGUGGGGGUGAGGGGAAAGUAUGGCUGGGUCUGGAGGAGCCCCUUCCUCCAAACGUCUCGGCUUCAGGAGAAGACCCUCCUGCGCAUAGAAGGGCCUUCAGCCUAACUCUGGUGCUUGAGCCACACACCCCCCAAUUUCUCCAAGUAACAAGCAUCGGGACGUCCUUGGAGAGAGAGAGAGAGAGCGUGUAUGUGUGUGUGUGUGUGUAAAUGAGAGCCAAGGCCAUCUCCCCUCCUCCCCUGAGAAUUCAGGUUUCCCGUCAAAGCCAAGCUCUGGGUGGCAAGCAAGUAUUUCCUCCUUUCCUGGUGGCAUUAAGUGUGUGUUUCUCCUUUCCCUCCUCGGGGUGGGGGCCUUGAGCUGCCCUGCUCCUCUGGGCUGGGGAGGGCAAGAGAUGACAAUAAUCUUCCCUGGAACAUUUUAUUUUUUUACGGAGCCGUGAAUUCUCCAACACUAAGAAAAAUUGUCUUUGCCUUUUUCUUUCUGUAAAUGAGAAGUGACUGUUGUCCAUUGUUUUAAUGUUGGCUUAAAUAAACAAACUCUCUGGGAAGCAGGAGCUGCACCCAGAUUUGCAAAGCUGGAUGGUUGUUUGUGUCCGGUGGGACUCGAAAAUGGUUCCCCGAAGCAGCUCGGUUGUUUGGGAGCCAAAAAGGAGCCCCGGCUAGCUCUCUACUCGGGGGGGGGGGGGGGGAGAAGGGGAGAGGGACUCACUGGGGGGCUGCUUUCCCUCCACGGGGCUCUGUUCCCAUCUUCACCGGUGCUGCUUCCUGGAAGAAGAGGCCCUGUGUGGGAGGAGCUGCUCUGGAGGUAGCAGGGCUCAGGAAACCACUCGGGAAAUCAACUCGACAGGAAGGUGGGUCAAAUUCCUUUUUAUUCCCAUCAGCUUUAGUCACAGAAUCUUGCCAGUCUGGCUGCUGGGUGUUUCCUAGCACCCCCGUCAAUCAGGAAGGGGCCCUUUCUGGAUCUGAUCUCCUUUUUUCGGGGCAUAAAAGAAAAGUCGCCCCUCCUUCCUUACCCAGACAGUGGAUCCUGCCUGUUUCCAUCAAGGUAGGUUUUUAAAUGAAGAUUUGCAUCCCAAUUUCUUUUUCCAUGUACAAGUCACAGUGGGAAGCACCCCUCCUAAUAUUCCUUUUCUCUUUCCAAGAACAACUGUGUGUGGGGGGAGGAGGGUGGCGGUUUAGGCUGAGGGGGACUGGCCCAAAGUCACCCAGUUAGCCGACAGCGGGACUUGAACUCGCCGUCUCCCUUGGUUCUUUUAUUGCAAUGCAGGUUAUAAUAUGCAGGUAGUCCUCAUUUAGUGACCAUAGUUGGGAUCA